AUGUCCAGACCAGUAUCUGUAGAAGACCUAAUACUGCAAAACUUGGAGGCUGCCAAACCCAAGUUUGUAAGCAGAAAACAACGAAACCUUCGAAAAGAAGCAUCCAAGUCGGCUAAGUCCACCAACCAGCUCGAUUCUUCUGUCCCAAACAAAAGAUCUCAAGAAGAUGAUCAACCUCAGAAAGUCCUGGAGCCUGCCAAAAAAAAGUCUCUGCGUAAGUACGCCUUUGACUGGGACUUAGAAGACGACACCAGCUCGGAGUAUGCUCCACUUGUCACCGUUGAUGUCUCCAAACCAAGAAACCAAGUGUUGAAGUCUGAAAAACACUGGAGCCAGAAGCCAUUGGAUCAAAUGACGGCACGAGACUGGCGUAUUUUCAAGGACGACUACAACAUCACGUCCAAAGGUGGCGACUUGCCCAACCCGCUACGUCUGUGGGAGGAGCACCCUCAACUUCCAGCCAAACUUGUUGAUAUUCUCAAAAACACGCUAAAUUACCAGGAACCAACCCCUAUUCAAAGAGCAGCCAUCCCAUUGGCAUUGGAGCACAGAGACGUGGUUGGAAUUGCUGAAACUGGUUCGGGAAAGACGUUGGCGUUCUUGCUCCCGUUGCUCACUUACAUCACCAGCAUCGAGCCUGAGUACAUGAAAUACGAACAUUCUCAGGAGAUUAACAGCAACAAGACAUUGGGGCUCAUCUUGGCACCUACAAGAGAAUUGGCCCUUCAAAUCUCUGCGGAAUGUCAGAAAUUUACCAAACCUUUGGGAUUAUCGGUGGUCACCAUCAUUGGUGGACAUCAAUACGAAGAAACCGUGCAUUCGCUACAGAAUGGCGUCCAUAUAGUGGUGGCCACGCCGGGAAGAUUAAUUGACUCUUUGGAAAGAGGCCUUAUUAGUCUAGAAAAGUGUUAUCAUUUGAUUAUGGACGAGGCAGACAAGAUGAUUGACAUGGGAUUCGAGAAGUCCUUGCAGCAGAUCCUCGGGUACUUGCCCACAUCAGACCACCUUCUUUCGUCUUUGGAUACACGGAUUUUCCGUAUCAAGAAGAGAACGACAUUGAUGUUUACCGCCACCAUCACUCCUGCCAUCGAAAAGAUCACGAAGAAUUAUUUGGUGGACCCAGGAUAUCUAUACAUUGGAAAUGCCAACGAGCUGGUGGACAACAUCGAACAGAAAUUCGAGUAUCUUGGCGAAACUCCAGGAGACAAGCAGACGGUGGACCCCAAAAGGCUAAGGCGUUUGGUUAAUGUGUUGGAGCAGCACAAGAAGAAAGGUGCGUUCUCCGUCAUUAUCUUUGCAAAUUACAGAAACGUCGUGGAACAGUUGGCAGACGAAUUGGCCGAAAAGAACUUUGGCGGCGUUGCUGUCAUACACGGCUCCAAAAACCAAGAAGCGAGAGAACGUGCGAUCAAGAGCUUCAGAGCCAAAGAAUCAUCGGUACUUAUUGCAACCGAUGUUGCUGCCAGAGGUAUUGACGUUCCUCAUGUGUCCAUGGUUGUGAACUUCCAGAUGAGCAACAAAUUCGAGGAAUAUAUCCACCGAAUUGGAAGAACAGGACGUGCCGGCCAACAAGGCGAGAGUUUCACAUUCAUAGACGAUGGAGACAGCGAAACGUUCCAAGGACUCAAAAAGUUCUUGAGCCGGGGUGGAUAUAAGAUUCCUGAAUGGUUGUAUAGUGCAACAAGGAUAUAG